CUACCGAAUUUCGUCAUUAAGGGCCCAUACAUGUCCCUUGAUGCGGCAGAGAAUGGGACAGUUUGGAAUCCCUACGGAUGGAAUGACCGCGUAAACGUCCUCUUCCUCGGCCAACUGCAAGCAGUGUAUGUAUUCUUGACCCUUACUAGCGCUGACUUACUUGGCACUGGCUUUUCUUAUGCUGAUUUCGACGAAAUGAUUGAAAAGACAGAAGACGCUGGGAAGGAUGUUCAAGCUCUCUUCCAAAGGACGAGGUUUCCAUAUGGCAGCCUGAGGCGAAUCGCAUAGUGUGGGUUUUACGUUGCUUUGGAUGCCCUGUCUGCAACUCGGAUCUCAUGUUGAACUGAAGGGCUGAUACCUUCCCGUAUUUGCCGCAGAAGUGUGCGUGUCGCU